CGGGCAGUGCGCGGCGGCGGAGGAGGCGGCGGGGAUGGGCGGCGCGGCGCCGGCGCUGCCGCCGCCGCUGCUGCUGCUGCUGCUGCUGGCGGCGGCGGGGCUGUGCGGGGCGCAGUACGAGGAGUACAGCGUGCGCGGGUUCCCCGCGGCCGCGCUGGAGCCGCUGCAGCGCGCCUACGCGCGGGCGCUGGCGCAGUACGCGGGGGCGCAGUGGGCGGAGAGCGCCCGGGCGUUGGAGGCCAGCCUGCGCCUCCACCGCCUGCUGCGCGACAGCGAAGCCCACUGCCACCGCCGCUGCGCCGCGCCCGCGGAGGGGGACCCCGCGCGGGGGGACCCCGCGGAGGGGGAGCCCGCGGAGUGGGAGUGGGAGAGGGAGAUGCAGCUCUUCGGGCGGCUGCUGCGCCGGGCAGGCUGCUUGCGCGCCUGCAAGCGCGACCUGCCCGUCUUCCAGCUGCGCUACCCCCCCGCGCAGACGCUGCGCGACUUCCAGCGCCGCCUGCCCUACCAGUACCUGCACUACGCGCUCUUCAAGUCAAAUAAGAUUGAGAAAGCGGUGUCCGCUGCCCACACCUUCCUGCAGAAGAACCCCAAGCACGAGAUGACCUUGAAGUACCUGAACUAUUACAGGACAAUGCUGGACGUGGACGAAUACCUGGUCGACCUGGAGGCUCAGCCCUACGAGCCGAUAUUCGUGCGGUCGGUGAAGCUGUACAACAACGGGGAUUUCCGGAGCAGCGCGGCCGACAUGGAGCAGGCGCUGACUGAGUACUACAAGGCAUACGAGGACUGCCUGGCUGGCUGCGAGGGUGCCUAUGAGCUGCAGGAAUUCAAGGACUUCUACCCUGCCAUCGCAGACCACUUCGUGAGCGUGCUGCAGUGCAAGGUGGACUGCGAGACUGAGCUCACCCCCAAUGUGGGCGGCUACUUCGUGGAGAAGUUUGUGGCCACCAUGUACCACUACCUGCAGUUCGCCUACUACAAGCUGAACGACGUGCGGGACGCGGUGCGCAGCGUCUCCAGCUACAUGCUCUUCGACCCUGAUGAUGCCGUGAUGCAGCAGAACCUGGUCUACUACCGCUUCCACCGUGAGCGCUGGCGCCUGCAGGAGGAGGACUUUGAGCCCCGGCCGGAAGCCGUGCGCUACCACAACCAGACGGCCGCCCAGAAGAAGAUGCUGGACUUCGCCAGGCAGUACCUGCAGGCUGACGACGAGAUGGAGGUGGACGGCGGCGAGGAGACAGAGGCACGGAACCUGCCCUCCGACGGCGAAUUCGAGGGCGAAGGCGACUACGAGGAGGGCUUCUUCGCAGAGUGGUGGCAGGAGCCCAAGACCAAGGGGGACAAAGCCGACCAAGAGACCCUGCGAUGAGCCAGGCGGAGGGGCGCCCGGCCCCGACAGAGCUGGACGGCGGUGGCCCUGCGACGCCAUCCCGGGGACGCCGGGCUUUGGGCUCCUGCCAACCGUCGCACAGAAACUUGGGCUCGCGGGGAAGGGCUGAUCCUGCCCGGUGCCCUGCGGCAGGGCUGCAUUUGCCGUCUGGACAUCUGCUGCUCUGAGUGCAGCCCAAUUCCCGUUGGUGGAGCAUCAGCACUGCCAAACCUCCCUGCCUGCCCGGGAGCUCCCCCGGGACCACCCCUGUCCCCGAUGUCCCCAAGAGCCCUGCCCAGCGGCAGUGCCCCGCAGCACUGGGGGGUACUGUGUCCCUCAGCUCCUCCCCAGGACCUGCGGAUGGUGUGCCAGGACCGACCCCCAUCUUGUCUCGAGGGGUUUGAAGGGCUGCCCCUGCUCUGGGAGCAACACACGGUGCUGCCGGAGCCGGGCGUGCGUGCCGAUCCUGCCCCUCCUCAGGGCUCCCCGGGGCUUCUACCCUGGUGCCUCCAGCCUCCCAGCCCACCAGCCAGCCCCCUUCGGAGCCCACGGCCUGGUGCUACAACGGGGCUCCCGGUGUGCCGGCGUCCCCAUGCUGCCGCGUGGCUGCAGCUUGGCGAGGCUGCGUUGCCCGUGCCCUGCGUGUGCCUUGAAUUUCUGCCACACCAGCCCUCUGUAGCCUUAAGCUCCGUUAAUUUAAUACUUCCCGACUUGCACAGUCGCUUUCUUUUUUUAUAUUUACUGGUGCUGAACUUUUAAUAAAAUCUGGACUGGUCUUUUCA